AUGGCAUCGCAGCAAGUACAACGUGAUGAGCCAUUUCAGCCUCUGGCUCUGGAUGCUCUUCACGCGCUGGAUGCACGCUCGCUCGCGCUGGCAUUCGCGCACAUCUGUCUUAUACCGGGCUUCGCGUUUGUCUACAUGGAUGAUGAGCGCGACGGUGAUGAUGCCAUCCGGGCUUUGGACGGUAUGGAGUUCGGUAGGCAGCGCCGACGCCUUCGCGUUGAAUGGGCAAGGGGGGAAGGUCCUGUGAAGCAAAGGGAGGUAGAGCGUAGGAACUCCAAGCCUUCGAAAACUCUAUUCGUUGUGAAUUUUGACCCCAUCAAUACCCGAACACGGGACUUGGAGAGGCAUUUCGAACCAUAUGGCAAACUGGUUCGGGUCCAGAUUCGCAAGAACUUUGCGUUUGUGCAAUAUGAGACGAUUGAGGAGGCUGAAGCAGCGGUUAAAGGAACUGAUGGAAGCUCGGUUGAUGGUCGUCAAAUUACUGUAGAAUUUGCUGCCAGAGAGGACAGCUUUGACGAUGACAGGACUGCGCGCCGUGGCAGCCCUGACUAUGGCAGGCGCAGGGGCAGCCCAGAGUAUGGGCGCUAUGGAAGGUGUGUAAAGUUGCUGACAUGUGUAAAUUCUGUCCAACGCGGGGUAUAG